AUGCUGAUCCAAUUCCAGUGUGGAGAAGAGAAGCCGACAUGCGGCAAUUGCAAGAGACAUGGAGUCCAUUGCUCGUUUGCUCUCUCAACUCGAGUGGCAGAGUCAUCACUAUUAGGUGAUCAAAACUCCUUUUCUAGCCAAACAUCCACACCGCAAUCCGACUACAGACCAAGCAACCCCAGCUCUCCGAGCGGUGGUGCAAGUCAGCCGCAGAUGGCGGCGGCACCAGGGCCAGAACUGGCCAUUGCCGACCUGGAGCUUCUGCAUCACUAUAGUACUUCAACCGCCUAUACAUUUUCAUUUCACCCGGUUAUCCAAACACUAUGGCGCAUCGAAGUGCCCCAAAUAGCGUUCAAGGCGCCUUAUACCCUCCGCGCAAUCCUAGCCGUGUCCGCAUUACAUCUGGCCGUUCUCCGCCCAGAAAAACAGGAACAGUAUAUUUCCCAGGCGAGCUACCAUCACGAAGCAUCCUUGAAACUCGCAACGCCAGAAAUAGCCAACAUCACAUACGACAAUUGUACGCCGUUAUUCCUCUUCUCAGCACUUUCAUCAUUCAUCUGCUGCGCCAAGCCGCUCAAAAUGGGCAACUUCCUCCUCUGGGAAGACCACGAAAUUGCCAACUGGCUAAUGAUCAUUCGAGGCACUGGAACCAUUAUCGACUUUGCUCAGGAGUCGUUAAAAUCGGGGCCAUUGCGAACAUUAUUCAGUGUGCAUCGACAACGUCAUGAUCAUUCCGAGAUCCCUGAGCCGCCAACGCAGCACCAAUUUCUCGAGGACUUUCGCCGUUUCGUCCUACAUGAGGCCGCAGAUGAUCACGAGAAGCAGGUCUAUUGUGAUGCGAUCUUCCAUCUGGGCACUUGCUUUACGAUAUGCUUUGAGAAAGGAUGGCGACUUGAAACUUCAGACGUGUUCAGGUGGCUUCUGCGUGUUCCUCAUGACUUCCUGGUCUUUUUGAAAGAAUACCGACCGCUUUCUAUGGUCAUCUUGGGAUACUUUUGUGUACUUUUACAUCAGUUGGAGUGGAUAUGGUGUAUGAAGGGCUGUGGUACUCAUAUCUUGUCGCAGAUUUAUAAUCAGCUCCGUGAACCUGUUCAUCGAGCUUGGCUUCAGUGGCCGAUGGAACAGAUCGGCUUUCUUCCGCCAAGGUAG